GAAUUAAUCGCUUCUAAGCCAGUCUUGAGCGAUACUUGCUAAGGUGAGGAGCGGCCGUUGACGUUGAGUGACAUGGGACGUGGAAAUCCGUGAUUUUAAAAUUCGUUCCACCGAUGCCAAUAUUUGGAAGUAUUUUUAAAUAGAACUACUGGAUAUCUAAACUGUUUGCCGCCACCAAUAUUUUAAUUAAUCGCCUUUCGACACCUGCCCGUAGUCUGUGUCUCCGAUUCGUUGUAACAAGCGUAGGGAAAAUGCCGGCCGUAAACGGCAAAAUUACGGAUAUGCUCAUGCCAAAGGUAGACAAGCCUGCCAGCGAUGACUCAUCGAAUGCAGUUCAAGCUGCAGAACCUGCAGGAAAGAAGAGGACUGUGGAAAAGACAUACCAAAAGAAGACCCAGCUUGAACAUAUCAUCCUCCGCCCUGAUACCUACAUUGGAUCUGUGGAAAAGGUGACAGAGCAGAUGUGGGUUUUUGACACAGCUGAUGAGAAGUUUGUGCAGCGGGAGAUCACUUAUGUUCCUGGUCUCUACAAGAUAUUUGAUGAAAUCCUUGUCAAUGCUGCUGAUAAUAAGCAAAGAGAUCCAAAAAUGGAUACCAUCAAGAUAGAAAUUGAUGCGGAGAACAACGUGAUCUCUGUCUAUAACAACGGUCAUGGCAUUCCUGUGGUGAUGCACAAGGACGAAAAAAUGUUUGUUCCUACAAUGAUCUUCGGCCACCUGCUCACUUCUUCCAACUACAACGACGAUGAGAAGAAAGUCACGGGUGGUCGUAAUGGCUUCGGGGCUAAACUCUGCAACAUCUUCAGCACCAAGUUCACCGUUGAGACAGCAAAUAAGGAGUACAAAAAGAACUUCAAGCAGACUUGGGCGGUGAACAUGUCCAAAGCUUCAGAUCCCAAGAUCAAAGACUUCACUGGAGAGGAGUACACGAAGAUAACAUUCUCGCCCGACCUGGCCAAGUUCGGCAUGGACUGUCUGGACCGAGACACGGUCGAUCUUCUCAGCCGACGAGCGUACGACGUUGCUGCGUCUUCUACGGGGGUUAAAGUCUAUCUCAAUGGGAAACGAGUGCCGGUGAAGUCGUUCAAAGACUAUGUUGAACUGUACAUCAAGGAUCGCACCGACGAUGCCGGUGCUCCUCUCAAAGUUGUGUAUGAGAAGCCCGGACCUCGCUGGGAGGUGGCGGUCACCAUAUCAGAGAAAGGCUUCCAGCACAUGUCUUUCGUCAACAGCAUUGCCACAACAAAGGGAGGUCGCCAUGUGGAUUAUAUUACGAACAUGAUUGUGAACAGUCUCACAGAGACUCUUUCCAAGAAGAACAAGAGCGGAGUUCAAAUCAAGAAUUUCCAGAUCAAGAACCAUCUAUGGGUUUUUGUCAAUGCUCUCAUUGAAAAUCCUACAUUCGACUCGCAAACAAAGGAAAACAUGACACUGCAACAGAAAAGCUUUGGCUCAAAGUGUACUCUGUCUGACAAAUUUGUUGCUGCUGUGGUUAAAUCUGGCAUCGUCGAGACCGUUAUGGCUUGGGCUAAGUUCAAGCAGCAAGCUCAGCUCGAAAAGAAGUGUGCUGGUAAGAAAACCUCGAAGCUUAAGGGGAUUCCCAAGCUUGAGGACGCCAACGAUGCAGGCACGCGUUCUUCGUCGGAAUGCACGUUGAUCUUGACUGAGGGAGAUUCAGCCAAGACUCUUGCAGUGGCAGGCCUUGGUGUUGUCGGGCGCGAUAAGUACGGAGUCUUUCCCCUAAGGGGUAAGGUGCUCAACACGCGUGAAGCAACCGUCAAACAAAUGAUGGAGAACGCCGAGAUCAAUCACAUCAUCCAAAUCGUGGGACUUCAGUACAAGAAAAAGUACGAAACCGUGGAUGAUCUGAAAACGCUUCGCUACGGGAAGCUCAUGAUCAUGACUGAUCAAGAUCAGGACGGUUCUCACAUUAAAGGUUUGAUCAUAAACUUCAUUCACCAUAACUGGCCUUCUCUGCUGCGCUUGAAUUUUCUGGAGGAAUUCAUUACGCCGAUCGUGAAAGCCACGAAAGGGAAAGAAGAGAUAAGCUUCUAUUCCCUCCCCGAAUACGAAGAAUGGAAGUCAAAUAAAGAUAACUGGCACACCUACAAGAUAAAGUACUACAAAGGUUUGGGUACUUCUACGUCAAAAGAAGCCAAGGAGUAUUUCUCUGACAUGGUCCGUCACAGAAUCAAGUUCAAAUAUGAAGGUGACCAAGACGACCGCAGCAUCCAGAUGGCGUUCAGCAAGAAAGCAGCUGAUCAGCGCAAAGAGUGGCUUACUGCCUGGAUGCUGGAGUGCAAGCGGCGCCGUGAGUUGGGGCUUCCUGAGAUCUACCUCUACGAGAAGAACACUCACUCUGUGAACUACUCGGACUUUGUGAACAAGGAGCUGGUGUUGUUCUCUAACGCCGAUAACGAGCGUAGCAUCCCAUCGCUCGUGGACGGCUUCAAACCUGGACAAAGAAAGGUGAUGUUCACAUGCAUCAAACGUAACGACAAACGCGAAGUGAAGGUGGCGCAACUUGCGGGCAGCAUCGCCGAGCACACGGCCUACCACCACGGCGAGGUGUCGCUCAUGUCUACCAUAAUAAACUUGGCUCAAAACUUCGUGGGUUCUAACAACAUUAACCUUUUGGAGCCCAUCGGUCAGUUCGGCACCCGCCUCAUGGGCGGAAAAGAUGCAGCCAGCCCUCGUUAUAUCUUCACUAAACUGUCACCGCUUGCCAGGGCUUUGAUCCACCCUCAUGACGACCCCCUGCUCAAGUAUCUCCAGGAGGACAACCAGAAGAUUGAGCCUGAAUGGUACAUGCCUAUCAUCCCACUCGUGCUCGUGAAUGGAGCUGAAGGUAUCGGCACUGGCUGGAGCACCAAAAUCCCGAAUUACAACCCCAGAGAAAUAGUCGAUAAUAUCAGAAAGAUGAUCCGAGGAGAAGAGCCCAAAGAUAUGCUUCCUUGGUUCAAGAACUUCAGAGGCACCGUGGAACAGCUUGAUGCCACACGCUACCUGUGCAGUGGGGAGGUGGCGCGUCUCGAGGACAACCAAUACGAGAUCAGUGAACUGCCCAUCCGUACCUGGACUCAAUCCUACAAGGAAAACGUCCUCGAGAUCCUUCAAGGAAACGACAAAAUCCCCCCCAUUAUCAGUGACUACCGCGAGUACAACACCGACACUACCGUUCGCUUCGUCCUGAAUGUGCUGGACAACCAAGUUAGGCACGUCGAAGCUGAAGGACCUCAUAAGAUCUUCAAGCUUCAGUCCAGCAUGUCCAUCAACACAAUGGUUCUUUUCGAUGCGAACGGUGUGUUGAAACGCUACAACAGCGUCAUGGAUGUACUGCAAGAGUUCUACGAGCUGCGUUUGAAGUUCUACGAAAAGAGGAAGCUAUACAUGGUCGGCAUGCUCAAAGCUGAAGCCAACAAGCUAUCUAAUCAGGCUCGUUUCAUCAAAGAGAAAUGUGAAGGCAAGCUGGUAGUGGAGAACAAGAAGCGUAAGGACAUGAUCAACGAGCUCAUCACUAAGGGGUACGAGAGCGAUCCUGUCAAGGCGUGGAAAAAGUCGCAGAGCAGAGAGGCUGCCGUUGAAGAUGAAGCCGCUGAAGAGUCCGACGCCGAGGAAGAACAGACGGACGAUGCAGCAGACUUUGACUACCUGCUCGGGAUGCCGAUGUGGAGCCUCACAAAGGAGAGGAAGGAGGACCUCCUCAAAAAAGAGCAAGAGAAAAAACACGAGCUUGAAACCCUGCAAGCUAAAAGCGAGUCGGAUCUUUGGAAUCAUGACUUGGAUGUUUUCAUUGAAGAGCUUGACAAAGUGGAAGCGAAGGAGCGGGAGGAGGAGAGAGUGGCGAAGGAAAACCUGGCUUCAAAGGACAAGAAAGCUGGUGGCAAGAAGAAGAAGGCGUUGCUGGAAGUGAUGCCGUCGCCGAUGGGCGAGCGCAUCCAGCCGCGCAUCGACGCAGAAAUGAGGAAGAAAGCAGAGAAGUCGGCAGCCGCUGGCGCCGCCAAGGCUGGCAGACCUAAAAAGAGGGAUAACCCUGACGACGACCACGACGAUCUGGACGACCUUGUGAGCGCCAACACCGGCAAGUCGCUGGCGUCGCGCCUCGGCACGUCCCCAGACCUCGUCAAGAAACGCAAGGCAGGGCGCCCCACCAAGAAAAACGGCGAUGGACUCAAGCAAACUAAAAUAAAUUUCCCCAAGAAGGGCAAAAAUCCGUGGUCAAGUGAUAGCGACGCUGAUGGCGGCAACAGCGACAGCGACUUGAGCACCACCAAUAUUGAGACGGUGCCCAGGAGCCGCGCUGUCGAGGGCAAAAGAGCGGCAGCGGCCAAGGCAAAGUACAACUUCAGUGACGAUGACGAAGACGACGACGACGACAUCGAGUCGUUGCACAGCAAUGACGGCGUCGACGAGCGUCACGUCGGCCCUGAGAAGCUGUCUUUCCUUGACCAGACGGAGGACAACGCAGCGCCUGACGCUCCAUCCCCGCCUAAACCUGCAGCCAAGAAGAGCAAUGCCCCAAAGCCAAAAAAAGCUAACGCUCACUCAGACGAAGAUAUCGUCAUCAGUGAUACCGACUCAGAGUUCGGCGACUUCCAGCAGAAGAAGAAGAAGCCCAGCGCAGCAGCCUCUACCAAGCAGGCUGCUUCUACAGCUGAUGGUUCCAACGCAUCCGAUUUGUUCGACUCACUCAUUAGCGGUUCGCCCCCUGUCGCUGCAACUGCAGUAACUAAAAAACGGACCAUUUCGAGCGAUUCUGACGUGUCCGAGUCCCCGAAGCCUGCGCCUAAGAAGAAGAACCAAGCUGAGCCUAAGAAAAAGCCAGCCGCCAAGAGGAAGGCUUUCUCUGAUUCCGAUUCUGAUGAAGACGUUGGAGCGAGCAAAAAAGCUCCAACAAAGAAGGUAUCAAAACCACUCAAGAAACCAACCCAGUCCAAGAAAAAGCGCACCAAUGAAGACUCGUACAAUUUCAGUGAUGAUGAAAUUGAGGAGAUUGCGGCUCCUGCCGUGUCGCGUACUACGACGGGCCGGGCACGCAAGCCAGUCAAGUACGCACUGCAGGACUCCGACGACAACGAUGACAGCGACUACUGAGUAUUGCGAACAUUGCAGUGCUUCAGUUCGUGUGGGAAGACUGCUGAGAAUUACGAUUACUACAGUUCAUUUAGAAUGCCUGUUAUUAUGGCAAAUAUCUGCAGUGCUUUACUUUGUGUGAAUUGACUGCUGAGGAGAAUUGCGAAUAUCUGUCAUGUUACAGUUCAUUUGGAAUACAUGUAAUUAUGGCAAAUAUCUGCAGUGCUUCAGUUUAUGUGAAUUGGCUGCUGAGGAGAAUUGCGAAUAUCUACAAUGGUUUAGUUCCUUUGGAAUAACUCAGCAUUGCGAUUAUCUGCCUUGCUUAAGUUCAUUUGGAAUAAUUGUUACCAUUGCAAAUAUCUGCACUUCUUCAUUCAUCGUAUUAGAAUGGGGCGAUUAUUUUGAGUUGCGCUUAAGAUGUCAACAGCAUUUACGUAUAUAUUCCAUUUCUAAGUUGUUCAGCUUUCUCUGUAUGAUGCGGACGGUUGUGAAGUGUUCGUCAUGGGUAUGAACAAAUUAUGGCUCACUGGGAUGAAAACGGCCGCAAACGUGUGGAAUGAAUCAAAGGAAUCGAGGCAUCAAUAUUUUAUUUCAUUCUUUUGUUUGUCUGUUUAAUUCAAGUGUAUCCACUGAGCUGGGUUUUCUCCAUUUUCGAAUACUUGACGGAAUUUUAUUGGUAUAUCGUACUAUCGGCAUCUGAUAUUUUUAAGCCGUAGAUGUAUUAUAAAUGACUCUGGCUAAGUUAUUUUAUUAGUGAAGGAACAUGAACUUUUUACUCUCGCGGAUCAGUAAAUAAUAGUGAUAGUCUGACCCGUUUUCAUCAUUUUUUUAUCACUAAACCUCGUUCCUAAUGUUUUUGGAAACAUUUUAUGGUUGUCUCUAAAGUAGGAGUAUGAUAGAUUAAAGAAGAUCAGUUAUAAGUUUUGAGAAUAAGUUUCCGUUGGUUUACUUAGACUGGGCUUUACAUUUUUAACCUUAUCAGGUAUUCGUAUUGCUCAACAACGUGUUAAUUUUUUUAUGCUUGGUUUUUACCAUUCACUGUUUGGGAGCGAGAGUUAUUAAGCAAGCUGAGGUGGAGUUAAAAAAAUCUCAAUCUAUCAUUGCGGCAUAUUGUAUUUUGAAUCAAGUUUCCAGAAUCUCUUUCAAUACUUAUUUAUACUCGCUUCAGGAAUUUGAAAUGGAUUCCAUAAAUCCAAUUCUGUGUUUCAUUUUAAACAGUCUUCGAAUACGGCCUGACAUUGUUUUAUUAAAAAAAAUGUGUAAGGUUAAACCUUGUGCUUUAUUUUCGUGUAUCUUAGAUCGAUUUCUUAACGGCUUGCCACCAUGCUCAAAAUUUCUAGGAGCACAAACUGAGGAAAACGUGUUUCACCAAGGACAGCGUUAUUCUUUAGCAAGUUUGAUAACGUUUCAUCACAACGGGAUUGUAAAUCAUUCUUUAUUAAUUCAUGUAUCUUUCGGAAAAUAUUGAAAUGUGCAUCUGCUAAAACUUAUCGAUGCUGCCUCUUUUUCACAGUGAAAACUUGUUGUGGCUCUAAUCUCCGAACUAAGAUGAGAUUGUUCUAGUACGUACAACAUUUGCUAUCUUCCGUUUACCUUGUUUCUGUCCAGAUGUAAGUCUUCGCUUAGUAUUAUCUUUUUUUUAGACUUGCGACCUGCUCUUUUUUGUAUUGGUUUGAGUGGCCUUGGGCCUAAUGUACAUAAUGGAAGUGGACAAAUCACUCGUGUUAUUAAAGUGUUUCCUUCGAUA